CAAUAAAGAAUAAGGAACCAUGUUCACUCUAAACAAUCUAUUAACCUCAGGGCUCUUUAACCGGCAAAACUACCAAGUUAAAAUCGCAAGAAUGGAUGCCAUCGCCGCCGACGACCAAAAUCUUGUUGUCAACCACUCCAGCGAUAGCGCAAGCCACCUUUCUCCACCACCACAACCAUUAUCUAAAAACGCACAGAAGAAGCUAUUAAAGCAACAGAGAUUUGAAGCCAAAAAAGCAGAGAAAAAAGCCGCCAUUAAAGAGGAGAAGAAACGACAGGGUGAGAGGAAACGGAAAGAAUGGGAAGAAAAGCUCUCGAAUUUAUCAGAAGAAGAGAAAUUGAAGAUGAUAGAGACAAGAAAAGGGAUGAGGAAAGAGAGAAUGGACCAGAGGACGGAGGAAAGAGAGAGCAAAGCCCUCAGGCUAUCGGAGGCUAAGAAACACGGGCAGAACAUCGUUAUUGACCUUGAAUUCUCCGAUCUCAUGGCUCCUAAUGAGAUUCAUAGCCUCGUUAAACAGAUAAUGUAUUGCUAUGCUGUGAAUGGAAGAAGUGUAAUCCCAUCUCAUCUCUGGUUGACUGGGUACGAGGGCGAAAUUGGAAAUCAAUUACAAAAGAUCCCGGGAUUUGAUAAAUGGAUAAUUGAGAAAGAUAAUGGUCCAUAUAUCAAUACAUUUGAAACUCAAAAGGAGCAUUUGGUGUAUCUAACAGCAGAUUCUGAAGCUAUGCUCGAUGAAUUAGAUCCAAAGAAAAUCUAUAUUGUAGGUGGGCUUGUUGAUAGAAAUAGAUGGAAAGGGAUAACCAUGAAGAAAGCUUUAGAUCAAGGAAUUCAAACAGCAAAACUCCCCAUUGGCAACUACCUCAAGAUGUCUGGUUCUCAGGUCCUUACAGUAAAUCAAGUGAUGGAAAUACUUCUCAAAUACUUGGAAACUAAAGACUGGAAAGCUUCAUUCUUCCAUGUGAUUCCUCAAAGGAAAAGAUGUGAAACUGAAGCACAAGGGUCCCACGAAGAAGAAGCUGAAGAGGAAGAGGAAGAGAAAUUUGAUCAAGAGAUUAAAAGGCAAUGCAUUGAAACAUAGGUAGCUUUUCGCUUUAGGGGGUAGCGUUCUAUUGUAACUUAUUAAUACUUUUGUUGUUUUCAUAUUUUGAUUUUGUGUUCGAAGUUACAAAUUGGUUUUGAAGCCUUCUAUUGCAGAUAUUUACCUAAA